ACACCCCCUCACGUACCUGCAUGUCGCCAACAUUUCCCUUAAACUAGAAAGUGUGAAGGAAGCUGCAGGGGUCAGCCUCUGAUCUCGGAGCUGUGCAUUUCCUGUGGAACAGGCAAUCCAAAUAAUACUUUCCGACACCUCAUAGCUCAAUGUGUGUGGGGGGUGAGGGAGGUGUGGAUUGGCUUUGGGGUAAGAGAGAUACAGCUGCUGGCCCGAAGCAAUUUCGUCCUGUGAGAAAAUAUGGGAGAAGUGUGGGACACACGUGGAAUUACAUGCAGGGAGUCUGAUAUUGUUUGGCUCCUAAAAUCCAGCAAGCAGCUAGCACCGCAAAGUGCUUUACCGAAUUUUGUGUUUUUCAGAAUGUGGCAAUUGUGUGGCUGAGAUUCCUGGUGCAAUUUCUGAUACGUCCUAGCUACUUACAUGUGUAGAAUAUAUAAUUAACCAUUCAUGUAUUGUAUUACCUACUUGAGUUAUAGCCCACUUUAACACGUUUGUGCUUAGAUAAUUGUGUAUUUGCUGUACUUGUCUUCAGGUUUUUUCAAAACCAGAAAUGGCACAGAAAAAUGGUAAAGUAGAUAGGUGAGGGCUGCAUAAUGCACAGGACCAGAUCCUUUUCCUCCCUCUCUCUCUGACCCAUACGAGGCACCAAGCCUUGGCGCUGCAGAAUGGGGUGAAGGCCAUCCACCCAGUUGCGUGGAAGGCGUGCUCCUUUCCAGUUCAAGGCGGGAAGGAAGGGGCAGAUUUCUUUUGUUCUUGAAUUGCCCUAGCAGUACUGGGAUGAACAGACGGUGCCUUGCUAUUCCUGUUUUUGGAGGGUGGACCUGGAACGAAGGAUUAAGACUUUUGUCUGUUCAUCUGGGAUUAUAGCAUCCCCAAAGCGGUUGGAGAACUUCACAGCACCCAGGUUCAACUCAUACUUAACCCAUGUGAAAGCUGUUCCAGAAGUCCAGAACAUCUUAUUCUCUCUCUCAUCAGUCCUACUGUGGAUUUGAAGAAGAGCUUGUCCAAAUGAGCAAGACAUCACAGCAGAACACAACUGCAGAGUCCAACGGAGUGAGUGUCAUCUACACCCAAGCGCACACCAGCGGGCUCCAGCAGGUUCCGCAGCUGGUGCCCGGCAGUCCCGGUGGCGGCGGCAAAGCUACGCCUCCCAGCAAGCAGGGCAAGAAGAAUUCCAUUGUGGAUAGAAACAGUGAUGAGUAUCGUCAGCGCAGAGAGCGCAACAACAUGGCCGUGAAAAAGAGCCGCUUGAAAAGCAAGCAGAAGGCCCAGGAUACCUUGCAGAGGGUCAACCAGCUCAAAGAGGAGAAUGAACGCUUGGAGGCCAAAAUCAAGCUCCUGACGAAGGAGCUGAGCGUACUCAAAGACCUGUUUCUUGAACAUGCUCACAACUUCACGGACAGCGUGCAGCCUCUUGGCGCCGAAAGCACCGUGACAAAUUCUGACGGCUCUGGGCAGUAGGCACGCUUGCCCCCUUACAGACAGAACGGUGUGGAUACGGCUUUCCUUAUGCAGGUCAGAGGCAGCGAGAAGGGUCUUUGCUAAACUUUGUAACAACUGUCAUCCGUGGCAUUUUUUUAAAAUAGUAGGCUUAACACUGAUGGGUUGAUGCACGUAAACUGCAAGUUGUUUAUUACUAAGUAUUUGUUUUAAAUUAAGUGUUAAUGUAUUUUCUGCUCUGGCAUUUUGACUAGAAAAAUAGCCCAACACCCCAGAACUAUAUUCAGUAAAAUAAGGGCUGCACCACUCAGUUAAAUAAUACUAAAUUACUAAUUGAUUUUAAUAUUUUUCAGAUCAUGCUAAUCCGGCUGCAGGUCUUAAAAAUGUAAAGUUGCAAAAAUCAUGGUUAAUAGCUACAAGUGCCAAAGCAGAGGCAUUUUAUGUCCUCUCAGUUUCUCUUGCAGAGGAGAAAAACACCUCAUUUGUGCAUGGAGGUAGGAAGAAUGAGCACUCUUCAGACUGUUUAUUCAUAUGCAGAUGUACGUAGAUCUGUUAGUUGAAGGUUAUUAAGUGGGUGACAGCCUUAAAUUAGUGAGUAAACUGACACGGGUUUCUUCAGCAGGGUAACAAAUUAGUGUCCAAUGACUGGCUAAAAAACCGAUGAUGCAAUCUGUAAAGCUCUGUUUCUCAUUUAUUUUUGUAGUGUGAGGUUCACCAGGAUAAUUUGCUUCGUAGGCAGGGGAGGAUCUUCUAAAGAUGUAGCACAAGCCCUGCUGGAGUGACUGCCAGAGUUCAUGGCAUAUGUCUAGCAACAGUGCCUAACUAAUAGGAAAGAAGGGAGGGCAGAGGAAGGCUUGCUGGCGCGAGGUCGGAUCACAGCCUGCUGUGGGCUGGCUCAGAUGUGACCCGGCCUGCGUCCCGAGGCUGGGAGAGCGCCGGGCCCGCGCCAGGCCCCGGGCACCCAGCGGAGGCUGCUCGCAGUGGCUGGUGCUAGUCGUCCCGUUUGGCCGCAGGCUGCCGGCCGACGCCGGACAUUUUUCAAAAAGUCGGAGUGGCUUUGCGUCUUGCCCUGCACUCCUCCCUUGUGGAGUUACUAGUUCUCCCCGCUGGGAAGCGAGCGCCUGGUGACUGGCGGUGCCUAUUCUGGCAGCGUCCUGUAGGCACAGGGAAGGCCGCUGUGCUGGCCAGUCGGCGAGAGCACCGGAGCCCAGCUUUCCAGGUGUGCGCAUUGCCUCGAAAAGGCUGGGGCCCGAGAUGCGCCGUGUCCCACCGCAGCACUGCUCUUGGGCAUGGUGCCCAGUUCCCGCCGCCAGCUAAGCCUCGACAAGAUGCUGACAUGGCUAUCCGUGUUGGCAGGGCAAGGGCAGCCGUCGGCACAAACUGGCUCGCGGGGGAGGCCGCGGGGGCACUGGCGGUGGCCUUGAGAGCGGAGUUGAAACUCCUCCCGUGUGAGAGGAGGGCCUAUGCAGGAAGACCGUGGGCAGAAUCCCUCGUUCAAGGCUGGUGCCUCAGGCAGCUGUGCUGGAGCUGGAGGCAUGGGAGGCGUUUUUGGGGCUCACGGCCUGUUUUGAGAAACAGCAACGGAUGCUCAUGACUGAAGCCGACAGGAGAUCCUUGUAUGGUGAGUGGCCACCCUAAAGCAAAGGAGAGAGACACCUGGGCCAGGCCGAUGACUUUUCCAUCCUUCAGGCUAUAGCCCCAGCGUCCGAACUGCACUGCUGUCGAGGUGUUAAGCGGCCAAGGUGUUUCUUGACUAAUCUGUGAGGGGAGCAAGGUGUGUAAAGCACUGCUCUGAGAUACUGGGGAGGUGGCGUGCCGGUUCGUUACCUCCCGUGGCCUAAAUUAGCUGGGUAUUUAAUUUGGUAGACUGCAGAAAUACACAUUCAGUCUGCUACUUUUUCAGAAAUGAAUCCUUAUAACUUAGUCUGCAGAGGAAAUUCCUUGUUCUUUGACUUUUGGUGGGUGGCAGUUAGCUUUUUGAUACUUUUCAAAUGUUGGUGAUAGCCCCUUCUAUAUUUGAGGUGUACAGGACGUGUGGCACAUUAAACAGAGCAGGGAAGUUAAUGCAACCUAAUUUAUUUUCUCUUUCAAAAUACAUUCAUUCAUAGUAUGUUUGUGUAUGACUGACUGGAGUAGUGAAAAUGACUUUUAUACUUCUUUUUCCCUUGAGGACAUUGUGUUUGUAAAUGUAUUUAGAAAGAAAGGGUCAAGAACCCAGUGAUGGUAAUAGAAAAGAAUAAAAAGAACUUACCAAAUUA